GCGUUAUAUAUGGAGGGGAGGAACGAGAACCCCGAAAUCCUAAUUGCUUCUGCUAAUAACUCACAUCUUUACCAAACGUCGUAUUAUCUAGUUAUAAUGUUUAAAGGAUGAUAAUGCCCCGAAUGGCGGUAAAGGCGGAGAUUAAGUUAUUGUUGGAUCCGACGGCCCACAUCACUCAGACACUCGUUUAUGUUCAUAGCCUUAUAAAACCUAAAAUCUUCUCAGUCGUUCCUCUCACGCACUCCAGCUCUCUCUAAAGGUUCUUGCAGCUCUGUGUUUUCUGGUUUGCGACAAUCUGCAUCGAUCAAGAUGGUGCUUCAGAACGAUAUCGACUUGCUUCACCCACCAGCUGAGCUCGAAAAGAGGAAGCACAAGCUCAAGAGGCUUGUGCAGACGCCCAACUCUUUUUUCAUGGAUGUUAAGUGCCAAGGAUGCUUCAGCAUAACAACCGUGUUCAGUCACUCGCAAACAGUUGUGGUGUGUGGGAACUGCCAGACAGUGUUGUGCCAGCCUACUGGAGGCCGAGCCAGGCUCACCGAGGGUUGCUCUUUCAGAAGAAAGGGGGACUGAUGCUGGUGCUUUGAUCGCAUUUACAUGUAUUUGGCAAAUUGCAGAAGAGCUUUGUGAGGGUGAUUUACGGUUGAAAUAUUGUUUCUCCUCGUUUUUGCCUUUGCUUUUUUCUUUAUAGUCUUUUGAAUAUGUAAUUUGUUAGGGCAGCGGUCUGGACCUUACCAUGAGAGUGUAGUGUUAUGAAUGUUUAGUUAAUUUUGGUGGUUACAUUACCUUUUGCACUUCUUAUGGAUUGUUUAAAGUGUUCAUAUGCCUGCCCUUUUAAGUUCCAUAUAAAGAUUAUCAGUGAUCAAUUUCUGUCAUGGAAAUGUUAUAGCUGCUACUUUUGUUCAUCGAUGCA